AUGUAGCUUUAUCUCUCUUAAUCAGGAGUUGAUUAACUUAUCAAAGAUGCUCUAAAGGAAGUAGCAUUAAAAAAACCUAGUGAUCCAAUUACUUUUAUGGCUGAGUAUUUGUAAUCAAAAGCCCAUCUUUUUCAGCCAAGGCAUACUAUCAAUUCCUAAGAAAAUUAAAUCUCUUAAACCGCUCAAAUUAAGAAUGGCAAUUCAAAUGAAAGCUAGCAUUUUAAUCUGGAUUAAAUGACAGUAAAGCCACAAAAGGAGAGGAAAAGCUAGACUUUAAAAGAAAUACCUAAAUAAGAUUUAGAAAGGCCAUUUAUUGAAUAAGAGACUAUCACUGUUACUUUGAAGCCAUUAGCAGGAGUGAUAGGCCAACAGGUUCAAAUUGAGCAUCUCCAAGAAAUAGUAGAAGCACAAGAGCCAGAGGAUGAUGAUGAAGAUUUUGAUGAAUUUGAAUAGACUGCUAAACCUGGAGCAGUAAUAUUUCAAGGCAAGAGCUAAUAUGAAACUUUAGCAAGCAAAAAUUCUUACAUGACUACUAAUAUAGCCACAAAUCUAAAUGGUUUAAGUUAAAACAGCUCAAUGUCUGAAAAGAAGGAUUACUCCUAGCUAUAUAUGAUGAUACAAAACAAUAAAAUAUUAACCUUAAAGGACAUCAUUGAGCAAUUUAAAGAUGACUUUAAUCAUAAUCCAGAGUAGCUAUAUGAACUAGCAUCAUUUAAUCAAACAAUAACUCAAGUUAGAUAUGAUAGCUAUUGUAAUGAUGAAAGAAUUUUAUUAGCUGUGGCAUUGGAGCAAUAUCUCAGCAUUAGGUCCUAAAAAUAAUACCAAAAGGUAAUAGAAAUUUAUGAAAUCGCUAGAGGAGGCGAGGCCAUUGUCUAUAGGCUUGAGCAUCAGGAUAUUGAUGAAGUUGUCAUUAAAACUAACAAAAUCUAAGAUUAAUAAACUAAUCAUCAAGCUUUAUAAGAUGCAUUUGUUGAUUUUAUGAGGGAGACAUUGCAGUUAAAACUACUUUAAAAUGAGAACUACAUUGCUGAGGUAAGGGAAGAAAUCAUUGAAUAUGAUCAGUCAAGAAAUAUGAUUUCAAGGUAUUGUGUAAUUGUUGAAAGAGCUUAGAGAAGCUUGCAUGAUCUUUUGUAGAUUUGGAAGAAUCCUGAGAAAUCAGAGAAAUAUCUUGAAGCUUACACUCCUGAGAAGUUAGCUUACUUCUUUUUCUAGUCAUUGAGCAUCAUUAACUAUCUUCAUAGUAAAAAUUUCUAUUAUGGGGACAUGAAACCUUAGAAUUUGCUUAUAUUCAGAGAUCAGAGGGUAAAAGUAGGCGAUCUUGGAAUCUCGUUUAAGCUCGAUUCCAAAAUUAAAAGUGGCCAAAAGGCUUAUUAAUUAAAGGGAUUGUCUAAAGCCUUUGCAAGCUAAAGUACUAUGUAAGCCUUUAUAGCUGGAAAGUUGUUGUCCAAGGAUUAGUUAUUUGAAGCAGAUAAAUUCAGUCUCAUUAGAACUUUCUAAUAUUGUAUUGAGGAUGUUAAGAAGUUAAAGAUCAAUUAACAAAGUAAAUAUUCCUAGCUCCCUUAAUAAAUGCUGGAGGACUUAAUCUAAUCAGAGUCUAUAUCGUCAGUCCAUUAAAAAUACUAGAAUUACUUUAGAGAAGAGGAUGAAUUCAUUCAGAUACUUUUCCAAUAAAUGAAAAACGAGUUUAAAAAGGAAGCGAUUGAAGUUGUUUCUAAGAUAUCAAGAUAUUCAGAGAUAUUUGAAACCAAAGUAUUCAAGAUAAUUAGGAGUAUAUCUGAAAAAUCGAGAAGUUAGGUCAAUUAGAGCUAAAAUUAUCUUACAGUAGACUAAAUCAUUACAAAUAGUUCUGAUGAAUAAAGUGAUCUAGUGAAUAACAUUUAGUUCAGAUAAUAGUUAUUGGACAUCUUGGAAUCUUAAAAGAAUCUUAAAGAUCAUCUCGGAUAUCCAAUCUUGCAGAAUAUGGAAAUUAUUGCAUCAAUUGGCCCCUAUCUCUAAAUGGAUAGCUCACAAUUAAAUGGAAUUAUAGGUGGUAAUGAUUUCUUCGAAAUUACUGAUAUAGAACUAGCUUAAAACUAUUUUUAAGAAUAAAAUACCUAAGCUUUUGAUUAAUAUAUCAAAUGGAUUGAAUACUCUGUAACCGACAAGAACUUUAUUGAAAAUAUCAUGAAACAGUUUGGAAGCAUAAUGUAAGAUUAAGAAGCAGGUGCCUAGUUCUUUAUUAGAUUGGUGGUCAGAAUUUCCAUUAUAGAACUUGAAAAUGAAUAUGAUGAGUCUGUCUCUUACCAAGAUAAUUUUGCUAGAAUUUAUCCAGCUCUUUCUGAAUUAAAUAUGACUGAAUUAGAAGCCAAAGUAUUAGGAUACAUUGGCAAAUGCUAUAUAAUAGAAUAAUAGCCUGAGAUUGGAUUAUAAUACUUAAAGGAAUUCGAAAUUUCAAAAAAAAUUAAAUUAGAAAAAUUCUUCUCUGAUGACAAUGUAGAAACUGCUGAAAUUUACAUAAAUCUUUUGAUUGAAGCAGGAAUGUAUGAUGAAGCUUAGAGUGAGGCUGAUGCAUAUUUAAUUAGGUUAAGAGAUUUGUUUGGUGAUACCAGUAAACAAACGCUUCUAUUUUAUGGACUAUUAGCAUAAUCUAUGCUAUUAAGCAUUAAAGAUAAAAAUAAUAGAGCUGGUGAGUUUAAACAGGCCUAAGUAUUUUUGCACAAAUUUAAACAUACAUCUAGAGAGGCAUAUAUAAAAUACUUAAAAAUAUUAAAACUUCAUGACAGUAAAACAUUCCGAUAAGAAUUAGAUAGUUUAUCACAUUAUUUGCAUGGGCAUCCAAUUUUAGGAGCUUAGGAAUUUAGAGUCAUUUUGAAACAUACCCACAUGAAAUAGACAAAUCACUUUAUUUCAAGACCUGUUAUAGAUCUAUUUUAUUCACUAGAAAAAGAGGAAAUGAAUGAGUUACUAUUCUGGAUAUGCAACUAAAAUGAGUUGUUUAAUUUGAUUUUACGAUUUAUGAAGACUUUUACUACAAAAGUUAAUGAAAAAGAUGGUAAGGAAUAUUUAACUCUAGUCCAUUAAGACAUACAUAAGGACAUUAAAUCAUACAAUUAGAAGCAUAAUUUAUAGCUUUUGGGUGAAGAAUUUACAAGGGUUAAAUUGAUUUAUGAUAAAAAUUUGUUUUAUUGA